AUGGGGAAUUAUACAAGAUACCAGACUGCGCGGUUCACUCCACGGCCUGAGACCGCAGUCUACCACACUCUGCAUUUAUUCGCUGAGCUGACGUUUUCUGGCGGUGCAAUCAUAUGCAGUCUCGUGGUGAUGUACUUGGCCAUAUUCCGCACCAACAACAAAGCCGUCAAGGUGUACGCUCUUAUGUUAAUUAUGAAUGCAACGGUCGACCUAACGUACAGUGUGGUUAAUAUCGUCGCAAUGCCGGUAAGCCGACUCUUGUUUUUUCUCGCAUUAAAGUUUGCAGAUCUUUUUCAUUUACAACGGUUUGUUCAUUCUGGCGGCUGGGAACCCCUUCCUAAAAGAUCAACAAUGGGCAGCUCUCAUUGUUUCCAGCCUUCAGGGCUUCCUGACCUAUCUCUCUGUGGUCAUCUUGCCAAUUCAAUAUAUAUAUCGCUACAGUGUCAUUCGGAACAAACCGCUGACGAAAUCCCAGCUAAUUGUAAUUCUUUUUAUCGCGAUGUUGUAUCCAUUUUUUCACGGGGUUAUCUGCUUUUUUACGUUUGGUCCUCCAGCUCCCGAAUAUGACGCCGUUUUUGAAUUGGACCCUGUGGUUGCCUCAUUAGGUUAUCUACCACCUUACUAUGUGGGGGACAUCAAAGCCUCCUUUCUUAUGACUCUGCAUAUGGCUAAUUGCAUGAUCAUCACUGUCAUAAGCUAUGUAGUCAUCACCGUUGUAUACUUGAAGACAAAGAAAGAAUUCAUUAAAAUGGAGUCACAAAUGUCUGACCAAACAAAAAAAGUUCAACGACAGAUGGAGCGCGUCAUUUUCAUUCAGGUCAGUCUUUUCUAUCGUCAUAUAUAGUUUCAACCGCAAAUUGCAUAAAUUCGAUGAUCUCUUCAGGCGCUGUUCCCAAUUGUCGUUCUGUUCAUCCCAGGCACUUUCUUGCCAAUCGCUUCACUUUUCAAGUUAACGAGCUCAGCCAGCGGCGAAUUUCUGGCCCUGAUCCACACCACUCCACUGUUCAAUUCAAUUUCCGUCAUUUUCUGUGUCCCAUCUUAUCGCCGAUUGGUCACGGGUGUGUUUGCCCGGCGCACAGGCCCUACGUCGCACUUGUCGACGGACGGCAAACCAACCUCAACACAUUCCGAGAUUAUGGAGAUAUUCUGA